UGUGGUGGUCUUCACUGCAUGCUGACAUCAUUUCAGGGGUUUACAGCGUGGUGGUGGCGGUGUGGAGCAUCUGUGCUCUUCCUCGGACUGCAGCUGCUCUGAUGCUCCUGAUGCUGAUUAAAUGACGGUUUAAAAGCCAGAAAGAAUCUCAGACGCAGAGGAAAUCUACGGAAUCCGUCUCCUGUAUUUUCGGUUACCUGUAUUUUAGGCCCACCGACAGGCCACAGGCUUUGCGGUUGUCUCUCUGGGAGGAUGUCGUCAUCCGAAAAUGCUGAGUCACAUAAAGUCUGUGAAGCGUCACUCGCUCCAUCAGAGGCUGAACCCCUGAGGGUCGUCCUGCUGGGGAGGACAGGAACAGGCAGAAGCUCCUCAGGCAACACCAUCCUGGGCAGGUCGGCUUUCUGGGUCACCGUCUCCCCCUGUUCUGUCACCACGCAGAGCACGAGACAGACUGGGACAGUGGAUGGGCGCAGUAUCUCUGUGAUUGACACUCCAGGCUUCUUCCACACACACCUGUCCACUGAGGAGGUCAUGGCAGAGGUGGGACGGUGCGUCGCCCUGUCCUCUCCGGGACCCCACGCUUUCUUAGUGACCCUGCAGCUUGGCAGGUUCACCCAGGAGGAGAAGGACGCCUUAGAGUGGAUCAAGGCUACAUUUGGGCCCGGAGCCACCAAGUUUACCAUGGUGUUGUUCACCUGUGGGGACCAGCUGCAGGGCAAGAGCAUCAAGGACUUCCUGGGAGAGAGCGAGGAGCUGUCAGAAUUCGUCAGCAGCUGCCACGGGGGGUAUCACGUCUUUAAUAAUCAUGAACAUGACAAGACAGCGUGCUCACAGCAGGUUGCACAGCUUCUGGAGAAGAUAAACAAGGCUGUGGAGAACAAUGGAGGCGGUUGCUAUAGCAACGACAUGUUCAAGGAGGCCGAGAGGGUCAUCAAGGAAGCGCAAGAGAGGGUUCGGGGACAAAGAGGACUAAGGAUGGAGUCUCCGAUCAAGGUGGCUACAGGCAAAGAGGAGCAGGGACCAGAGUUAGAGAGGAGGAGGGAGGAGGAGGAGAAGAGGAAGGAGGAAGAAGAGGCCAGGAAAAGAGCGGAGAGACUUUUCUGGUGCGAGCUGUUGACUGCAGUGGGGAAAGGUGCAGCAGAGGGGGCGGGGAUCAUGGACAAGGACGAAGGGAAAGGGAAGGCUGUGAAGAAGGUGAAGGUGGUAGAGAGGGCGGCUGCUCUGGCGGCGUCGCCACUCUCCAUCACUUCAGCUGCGAAAGCGGUGGGAGGAGCUGUGAGGGAAGGAGGCAAGGUGUUAUAUAAGCACAGAAAAACUUUCCUGAAAACACCUCACUGAACGAGGUCAAAUAUCCCUCACCGCCAUGACGCCUAAGAUCAACACAGAGCUGAUGAUGUGUGAAAGAAAAAGUCACUGAGCUUUGUUUUCAUUGUGCAUCUAAUGCUAACAAGCUUUGUUUACCGUCAACACGAUGCACUGCUACUUUAAAAACAUCCUGUAAAAUAAGACUGAAUGUGCGUGUGUGUGCACUCCACAGAAAGGCAAACAUCCUGGUGCGUUGCGCUCCAUGUGGAUUGUUCACAAAAACCACAGCCACACCUUUCAGCUGAGAGAAUUCACGUUAUAAUAAAUGUAAUGUCAUAAAAAUGUGUGCAAUUCAACUUACUGCAACUAAAACAUCUGUGUCAUCUUUUACAGAAAUUCAUCACGCUCUCUGGCCAUUUUUCCAUUUUUAUCCGCAGUACAAGAAGACAGUUUGGUCGCAGUACCAACCCAGAAAGAACAAAAACAUUUGUCUGACUAAAACAUUGCAGCAGUUAUCUGUUCCAUCUUUGGCUUCAUUUAACACGUGACAACAUGUUUAGCCCUUUUUUCUCCCUUAAAGAAAUACACUGAAAUAUAAAAAGACAACAAUUAAGAGGAAAUAUAAAAAGCAACAUACCUGGCAAAUCAUGAAAGGAAUUAUCAUUUGCAUAUACAGUAAGCUAUUCAGGGAGUGUCUUUACAUUACAGAUCCAAAGAGGAAGACACUUUGUGGAAGCUGUUCAGCUUUAAAGCCCCUUGAGGCAAAUUUAUGAUGUUGGGUUAUAUAAAUAAAACUGACUUGACUGGAAGAGUGCAGUGUACGAUUUAAAAAUAGAAACUACAAUAUUUGUCAUUGCUGUAAAUCAUGAGGCAAGACUGAGUUUGUCAAACUUGGAUAACGUGUAGGAAGCUUUGACAUGAAACUCUGGGCACUUUUCAGCUUUUAAGGGCAACAUUGGGAUGUUUCAACCUGGAUCCUAUUUACCUAUGUUUUUAUGAUGAAGUGACAAAUGGAGACAACAAUUUUUGAAACUCCCAGUAUUGAGCAAGACUGCUGCAGCAAGUAGUGGCGAAACAGGAUGCAAUGUAACAUUACUAGGCAAUUGCACAUCUUUAAUUCACAAGUCCUUUUUUGCCACCGACAGGAUCAGAUUAUUAUUCCAAGUGUUUGACUGCGUUAUGGAAGGGAUCCUACAGAGAUAGACUUUUUUGUUGAGGAGUAACAUCCUUUUUGUUUAACCAGAAACAGCCCCCAAAUCCCUAUUGCC